CUGCGGUUCGACGAGUACGCCAUACCGACGCGGGACCAGAUUAAGCAUGCUGGCUCGCUGUUCGUAGUUGCGCAGAACGGGCUGCGAGUGCAGUUCUCGGAAUUGUUCAAGGAGAGGUGCACGGUGGUCUGCUUCAUCAGGCAUUUCUGGUGUCCUGCGGACCAGGACUACAUGUACUCCAUCGUGAGGAACGUAGAUGCUGAGGAGCUGAAGCGCGCUGGUAUCGACUUGGUGAUCAUCGGACUGGGUUCACCAGCUAUGAUCAAGUCGUACAGACAGAUCUUCCGAAGCCGAUUCCCAGUAUACACCGAUCCAACCUUGCGUCUACACGCCGCGCUGGGCAUGACGCGCCAAAGUACAGAUUCUGGUGCAGACGAAGAUAGGGGCGAAUACGUCCGCCACGGGGCACUCGGCGGACUAGCGAUGGUCGUGAAGAACGCGAUCCGCGUCGGCAUGCCGGUCUGGGAGAGGGGCGGCGACGUCACGCAGCUCGGCGGAGAGUUCGUCCUCGGCCCUGGGUCUACCUGCAUGUACGCCCACCGCAUGCGCGCCACGCGCUCGCACGCGCCCGUUUUACACAUCCUCUCCGUCGCGGGC